AUGGUCGCCGGUUGUGUCAUCACCGAGCAGUGCGCCGUGGCGGUGUCGACAGAGCGGCUGUGGAAGGUGGUCUUCUCCGGCGAGGACACGGUCGCCCUGCCCAAGGCCUGCGCGGGCUUCAUCGACGCUGUGGACGUCGAGGGCGACGGCGGACCCGACAGCGUCUUCACCAUGACGCUCAGCCCGGCGGCGGCGGAGCUGUCAGGCUCGGGCGUGAUGAGGAGCCGCGUGAUGGCCCGCGACAACGCGGCUAGGGUGUUCAAGACGGAGAUACUGGAGGGCGGCAAGGUGAGCGGCCAGCUCAAGUCGCAGGUGCUCGAGAUGGCGGCCGGGGACGGUGCUUGUGUGGCGAAGCUCAGGGUGGAGUACGAGAGGCUCGGCGGCGGCGGGGCGCUGUCGACGGAGGACCAGGCGCGCUCGCCGCCGGGUACCUCGACCAGACCAGCUCAAGAUGGUCAAGGCAUACCUGGUCGCCCACCCUGCUGA